CAAAAUUAUUUAAAAUGGGAAUAUCAGAGUCGAAGAAGGAAAUUAAAGGGGAAAUCACAUUCAUUUUGGAAAAAAAGAACUAAAUCUGUGGUGAAUUAAUAAAUGGGACUGUUGAAUAUUGUGUUGAAGAUUCUGAAACAAAAGCUUUCAUAUAACUCAUAUGUGUAGUAGAAAGAUAUUUCAAAAAGGAAAGGUUAUAUUCAGAAGAGUCAAUAGAAUAAUGUUUAAUGUUGAGUUCACCUAAUCAAAAUGGUAUUAUAAAAGAAUCCUUUUCUAUUAUGACUCCUUAAUUAUAAAGUAUUGAGUUUCGUACAUGGAAUCAAGAGGAAUAGAUUUAUAUAAAAUAUUUUAUAAGGAGUUAUUUAAAUUUUUAGCAUCAUAAUUAAAUGGAAAAGUAAAAGUUGAAAAAGAUGAAGGAAGAACAAAUUUUUAUAAAAAGAAUUUAUGAAAACAAUAUAUAAAGUUCUAUAAAAUAAUUUUCAUAUUCAACAAAGUCAUGGGUUUUAGGGAAUGAUUAAGUAAACUAAUAUAUUAAUUAUAGAAAAUAUUUUUGUGGUAUGAUUUUCAAAAUAAAAAUUUUAGAUAAAAUGAAAGAUUGUUUUUUUGGUUAGGAGUUGAUAAUAGAAAUACAACAAUAAAUAUUGAAAAUAUAAAAGCAUAUUUGAUUUUCGAAAUAUUAGAACGUGAACUUUAUUGGAAUAUAAUAGCAAGAAGAAUUUUAUCAUGUAAUAAUGAAAAAAUAAAGGUUCCUUAUGGAAUUGAGAAUAAUUUUAAAAUAAAUCUUAAUAUUCCUAAUAAUAGUCCAACAGCAAUUUUUUCAAAAAAGAUUAGAAUGUGUUAUCAUGUUGAGAUUGUAUUUGAAUUUGAGUAUAUGGGUUGUGGAAGGUAAUAAUACACAGAAAGAGUAUUGAUUGAUGUAGUAAAUUGUGAAAAUUGA